AUGAGGACCUCCGUUGCGGGAGCCCUGCUCCUGCUGGCCUUGGCAGCAGGGGCGCGCGCCCAGAACACGACGGCGGACGCGCCUUCAUCCGCAUCCCAGUGCGCAUAUGACGGCUCCGCCCAAAAAUGCGACGUCUCCCCGGCCUUCAUCAUCUCAAACGUGACGGCCCCUGCCCCGGGCCAGAACCUGUCGCUGUCGCUGCUGCGCUCGCUGGCGGCCGACGCGCUGUGCAGCCUCAUGGCCAGCGACGCAGAUUGCGGCGCCCAGACCAAUGCUAACUGCUCCUGGAACCCCGAUUCGAGCCCGAGCUGCAGGCUGGCAACUGGCACGCUGCUCGGCGCCGCCCAGGCCGCCGCCGCCUGCCCGGGGUCUCUCGCCGCCCAGCAGCUGCCGUGUACGCCGGCCACCGACAACGACACCUGCGCCAACGCCGGCAAUUGUACCUGGGUCGCGGCGCCCUCGGCCGCCGCGCCGUCCGCGUACUCAGACACCAACAGCACCGCAAACGCGACAGACACAGGGCUGGCCGCAGCCGCCGGCGGCCCCUCCACCGCCGCCACCCAGCUCUCACCCGCCGACGGCACCUCGUCGGGCGGCGCGGCGACAGGUGACGCCACGCAGCAGGCGCCCUCAAGUGACACCUCCCAGCAGGCGCCGACGAGUGACGCCACACAGCAGGCGCCCACGAGUGACACCACGCAGCAGGCGCCCGCGGGUGACGCCACCCAGCAGGCGCCCACGAGUGACACCUCCCAGCAGGCACCGGCGGGGUACGGUUUCCCCACGACCGAUGUGGGCGGCGCGGGCGCCGACACCGGCGCGGCGCAGCCCGCGUCCGCGGGUCCCGCUGCGGGCGGCGGCGCCACGGCGCCCGUUUACGACACGACCCAGCAGGCGCCCGCGUCCGGCACCGCCCAGGCCGCCCCUUCGUCCGGCACCGCCCAGCAGGCCCCUGCGUCCGGCACUGCCCAGCCGGCAUCCACGCCCGCGGCCGACCCCGGUGCGGCGCAGCCCGCGGCCAGCCCCCUGCGGCUGAGGCGGCUCCUGCAGGACCCGUCCGCCGCCUCCCCCGCCCCCGCCGACGCGUCCGCGUCCGCCGCGCCCGGCGACGCGUCGACCACGCUCACCGACGCGGGAGCGCAGGGCGACACGCCCGCGGCCCCCGGGGACGGAACAGACUCGACCGGCGACGGCUCUUCGGAUUCCGGCGACGUCUCCUCAUCCGGGACCGACCCCACGCUUGUUGACACGUCCGCCGCCGCGCCCUCCGACUCCUCCGCCGCCACGCCGUCCGACGGCUCGUCCGGCGCCGCGGGCAGCGGCGGCGGCGGGUUCCUGCCGGCGGCGCCCGCAAGCUCAGGCUCGGGGUACCUGCCGACGGCGUCGGUGGGGGUGUGCCUGGCCGCUGACCUGGCGGCCCUCGACACCACGCAGCGCUCUGACCUGCUGGACAAGUACCAGCGAUACGACCAAGAGGUCUGGGGCAACUGCACUAACGCUUUCGAGGUCCUGCCCUCCAUCGCGCCCCCCGCGCCGUACGCCGCGCUGCUCAGCGCCCUCGGCGGCGACAGCACUGGAUCCGCCGCUCAGGAGUGCCAGAACAACGUGGCAAUCGGCGACUGCCUCAACGCCGGCCAGUCCAUCACCCUCAGCCCCGCCAACCUCGUCGCCAUCAUCAACGGCGAUUACUCCAGCUUGGGUGCCGCACCCGGGACCAGCACCGCCGACAACACCACUGGGCCAAACAUCCUCGGCCCCAGCUCCACCGGCAGCGCGCAGUCGGCGGCCGGCGGCCGCGCCGGCGCCGCCGCGUCGGCCGUGGUGCUCGCCGCCGCGCUCGCGGCGCUGCUGCUGUGA